AUGGCACCACACGCAACGGCUCUGAGCCCAUUCAGGGUGCGCCCUCUAUCGACAGAGGCGAAAUCAAUCAAGGAGCUCCCUGGCGAUGAAGACCACGAUGUCGUUUUCGAAACCAAGUACGGCGUGCGUAGCAUUACCCUGAACCGACCGAAGAAGCUUAACUCUUUGAACGCUUCCAUGAUUCGAAAGAUUGUGCCGCGCAUGGUGCAGUGGGAACAGUCUGAUAUGGCCAACGUGAUCGUCCUCAAGGGUGCAGGCGAAAAGUCCCUUUGUGCUGGCGGCGACGUUACUGCGCUGGCCGAGGCGAACAGGGCCAGUGAGGAUGGUUGGAAGAAGUCGGCUGAGUACUUUGGCCUUGAGUACAAGCUCGAUCACUACAUCUCCACGUACCAGAAGCCCUACAUUGCGUUCAUGGAUGGUAUCACGAUGGGCGGAGGUGUCGGCCUCAGUAUCCACGCCCCGUUCAGGAUUGCUACGGAGAAGACCGUCUUUGCCAUGCCAGAAACAACGAUCGGCUUCUUCCCAGAUGUCGGUGCCUCGUUUUUCCUCCCACGAAUGAACGGUGCCGUCGGCACUUAUCUUGCUCUGACAAGCGAGCGGCUCAGUGGUGUCAAUGUGCUCUACUCUGGUAUCGCCACGCAUUACUUGCACUCCUCAUCUCUCCCCGAAGUUGAGGCUCGUCUAGCUGAGAUCCGCUUCUCAGACACGGACGACAUGAACACGCGUUUAAGGCUGAUCAACGGUACUCUUGAGGAAUUCGUUACUGGACUUCCCUAUGAUCAGCCCAUGCAGAUUGCCGGAGAGGUGCGCAAGGCCAUCGACCGGUGCUUCAGUAAGGACUCUGUCGAUGAGAUCAUUGCCGCGCUCAAGGCCGAGACCGGCCCUACGGAGGAGUGGGCUCAAAAACAGCUGGCGACCAUGCAGAAGCGUUCACCAACAGCAGUCCACGUGACGCUACGCCAGAUGCGCUCGGCACAGGACUGGGAUAUUGCCCAGACGUUCAAGCGCGAGGCGCAGAUUGCGACACAGUUCAUGAAGCACCCCGAUUUCAGCGAAGGCGUUACCGCGCUCCUGGUGCGCAAACAAAAGCCCACAUGGCAGCCGGCGACUCUAGAUGAUGUCAAAAACAGCAAGAGCACCACCGAUUCUUUCUUCAAGUACGACGAGGCGAACACCUUGGAUCUCUUCACCGAUCGCACGUAUGCUGAAUACCCGUACCCUCCCGAACUGUCAAUGCCCAGCGAGCGCGACUUCAGGAGGAUCUUGAAAGCAAAGCAGAAUAUUACUCCCUCGCAAUUGUCGAAGGCUAUGGUUGAGAUUUUCAAGAGACGUCAAGGCGUGUACGAAAUCGUGGAAGAGAUCAGGGCGCGGAAGAUUGUCACGAACGAGGCAGGGCACGCCCAGUGGGCGUACGAUGAGUUCGAGCUUGCACAAGAGAAGCGGGAGGCUCAAAAGGCCAGCAAGGCCAUUCAGGACAAGAAGGAUGCCCAGGUCGCGACGGGCAAAUUGGAGGUUCUUUUGGGUAUUUCCGGAAAGGACUUUGUCCUAAUUGCAGCUUCCAAAGCUGCCAUGCGAGGGGCAACCAUCCUCAAGGCUUCCGACGACAAGACGCGGGAGCUCAACAAGAACACACUCAUGGCCUACUCCGGAGAGGCUGGUGACACUGUGCAAUUUGCAGAGUACAUCCAACGUAAUGCGCAGCUAUACAGCAUGCGCAAUGAAACCGAACUUUCUCCGCCAGCACUGGCCAACUUUGUACGAGGCGAGCUUGCCUCAAGUCUCCGCAGUCGGAAGCCAUAUCAAGUCAACCUCCUGCUUGGUGGCGUAGACAAGGAUACAGGCAAGCCCAGCCUUUUCUGGCUGGACUACCUGGCGGCGCUGGCCGAGGUCCCGUACGCCGCGCACGGUUACGCACAGUACUACUGUCUCUCCAUCUUGGACAAACAUCACCAGCGCGACAUUUCGCUAGACAGGGGUAUCGAGCUGCUCAACCUCUGUGCGGACGAACUCAAGAGGCGGUUGCCGAUUGACUUCAAGGGACUGACGGUGAAGGCGAUCACGGCAGAAGGUGUGAAGGACAUUCCGUAUGACGAUGACAAGAUUGUCAAGUCUGCAUAG